GCUGCUGCUGCUGCCGUCGCUUCGGGCCGCCCGAAGGCCUGGUUUGUGAGGGUGCGCCGAGCCAGGUGGCGUCCGCCCAGCUUCAGGAACUGAGUCCCUCACCCCACCCUGGCCAGACCGCCUCCCAGCUGGAGAUAAAUGACCCGUAUCUUCCGGGCCGGCCCGGAGCAGGAGCUGGAGGAUGGCAAAGGAGGGACUAACUAAACUCCGACCUGGCUUGUCCCCCUCCCCUGUCACCAUGAAGCUGCUGAACCCAGCCCUCCCCAGCUGCCUCCUGCUGGCUCUGCUUGGCGUGUGGACAGCUGCUCCUGAGGCUCACGCUGUGUCCGUGGGGACACCCGCCAUCAGCGCAGCCUCUUUCUUGCAGAACCUCAUGCAUCGCUACGGGGAGGGCGACAGCCUCACCCUGCAGCAGCUGAAGGCCCUGCUCAACCACCUGGACGUGGGAGUGGGCCGGGACAACGUCUCCCGGUCCGUGCAGGGACCGAGGAACCUCUCGACGUGCUUCAGUUCUGGAGACCUCUUUGCUGCCCACAACCUCAGCGACCAGUUGCGGAUUGGGGAGCGUGAGUUCCAGGAGUUCUGCCCCACCAUCCUCCAGCAGCUGGACUCCCGGGCCUGCUCCUCCGAGAACCAGGAGAAUGAGGAGAACGAGCAGACAGAAGAGGGGAGGCCCAGCUCAGUUGAAGUCUGGGGGUACGGUCUCCUCUGUGUGACCAUCAUCUCCCUCUGCUCCCUGAUGGGGGCCAGCGUGGUGCCCUUCAUGAAGAAGACUUUUUACAAGAGGCUGCUGCUCUACUUCAUAGCUCUGGCGAUUGGAACCCUCUACUCCAACGCCCUCUUCCAGCUCAUCCCCGAGGCUUUUGGUUUCAACCCUCUGGAAGAUUAUUAUGUCUCCAAGUCUGCAGUGGUGUUUGGGGGCUUUUAUCUCUUCUUUUUCACAGAGAAGGUCUUGAAGAUGCUUCUUAAGCAGAAAAAUGAGCAUCACCACGGACACAGCCAUUAUGCCUCUGAGACGCUCCCUUCCCAGAAGGACCAGGAGGAGGGGGUGACGGAGAAGCUGCAGAACGGGGACCUGGACCACAUGAUCCCUCAGCGCUGCAGUGGCGAGCUGGAUGGGAAGGCCCCUGUGAUGGACGAGAAGGUCAUCGUGGGCUCCCUCUCUGUCCAGGACAUGCAGGCUUCCCAGAGCGCCUGCUACUGGCUGAAAGGUGUCCGCUACUCUGACAUCGGCACGCUGGCCUGGAUGAUCACCCUGAGUGACGGCCUCCAUAAUUUCAUCGAUGGCCUGGCUAUUGGCGCCUCCUUCACCGUGUCCGUCUUCCAAGGCAUCAGCACCUCGGUGGCCAUCCUCUGCGAGGAGUUCCCACACGAGCUAGGAGACUUUGUCAUCCUGCUCAAUGCCGGCAUGAGUAUCCAGCAGGCUCUCUUCUUCAACUUCCUCUCUGCCUGCUGCUGUUACGUGGGCCUGGCCUUCGGCAUCUUAGCUGGCAGCCACUUCUCUGCCAACUGGAUCUUUGCCCUGGCUGGAGGAAUGUUCUUGUAUAUUUCUCUGGCUGAUAUGUUCCCUGAGAUGAACGAGGUCUGCCAAGAGGAUGAAAGGAAGGGCAGUGUCUUGAUCCCCUUUGUCAUCCAGAACCUGGGCCUCUUGACUGGUUUCAGCAUCAUGCUGGUCCUCACGAUGUAUUCGGGACAGAUCCAGAUCGGGUAGGGCCCUGCCAGGAGCCGGCGGAUUGGCGGUCUGGCCCUUGGCUGCCGAUCCGAGGCCCAAGGACUCCUCAUCCAGGAAGCACCUCGGAAGAGGCAGUUCUAUUAAAAACGGUGACAUGGAGACUGUAUUCCUGCAUUCAACAAAUGUUAGCUGUUUUUAAAAUGCUGUAUCCUAGGAAUAAGCUGCCCUGGUAACCAGCCUCUAGGUAGUGCCUCUCUCCCUUUCCUCUUCUUCCUCAGAGUGAUUCUGGAACUGAAUGCAGCUUAAAAGACAAGACUGACUUUUUUCUCUGGUUGCCCUGGCCUCUUUCUCUUCCAACCAGCACUGAGACAUUUUGAAUCCUUUGCCCGACAAUGCAGAAAGAUAGCCAGGGCCCACAACUUGGUUCGAAAUAUCAGGAGGUGAAUCUAUAGUUUGGGGCCCAUAAAUCCAAAUGUGUUUCCUCGGCCUCAAGGUGACCCAUUUUUAAGCGAAUCCGCCUAUUUUUACAGAGAAGGUGUAGAAGACAGGAAUCCCUCUUAUUUUUUUCAAAAUCUGUUCAGUUGCCUAAUUCUUUCAAAGAGAACUGAAAGCUGGAAGCAGAUGAAUAGGGUGGGAGGGAGAGGCAAGGAUCACCCUGAGAUGGGGGGGGGGGUGUCUUGUCAGGAUGGUUACCUGUUCCCACGGGGAUGCUUGGCACCGGUUCUGCACCUGGUGUUUCAUGGCCGUCCAGGUGAGCCAGCAGGUAGGUCCUGUUGCCUGAACCCCCCCCCUCCUUUUGGACGAACACUGGCAGGCUGGAGGGCAGAGAAGAGAGACCUGUGAGAAAUCCGUUGGCUUUGCUGUGAUUUCCACCCCCUUUCCCCCACCCCCCCCCAUCUCCUGGGAGACUCCCUGGAAGCACAUGCUAAGCACAUUGACAAUGCCCGUGUCACAGGGCAGACGGCACAGAUUUACCUCCCUGGUCAACAGUUGUGCCGACAGGUGGCAAGCUGACAUACAGAACUGGAGUGCAGCUUGUGGUCUUCUUGACAAGGGUAAUCAGAAAUGGAAUCAGUGCAGCCAACAUUUGGGGUUUACUAAUUUCCAUAAGUAACAGUGAUAGAACUCUGAGAUGGAAGGUCCAGAGCUUGGAUUGGGGACAUCCCUGGGGUUUGCAGAAUAGAGGACCCGUGGGUUCUGCUGCACCGUCUGGGGUUCCCCCUUCCUCCCCCACCCCACACGAGCAAGGGCGAAUCCUGUAUUGAACCGAACAGGAAUUGCUCUAACUCUCUUCAGAAAAACGGGUUGAUAGGCUUGUGUGUGAGACCGUAGGCCAGCCGCCGGCUCUGUGGAGCCCUCUCCUCAGAGCUCUGGCUUCGAGGGGAGCUAAUCUCCAGGUUCACUAGGUGAAUUGCUUUAUUAUUAUCAUAUUGAUAACGUGAGAUUCUUUAGCCACUCUGGGGAGCCGACCUCUCCGGAAGCCUUCCUCAGCGGUGCCCGCAGUCGCAGCCCAGGGGCUGUGUGCGCGAACUGACUUGUGCACGUGGCUGACGAGUCCUGGUCCGUCGCCACCACCCGUGAGUUUUUCCGUUCUGACAGGAAAACGUUCCAUUCUAUGGUGGUUAAAAGCAGCAUCUACCCUGGCUUUUUGCCCCACCCCGCCAACCCCCGCCCCCCACCCCGCCCCACCGCCUUGGGAGACAUCCGUCAAACCAGGACUGUUCUUGAAAAGAACAUGUGGGAAGACCACUGGUGAUGCUUUAUAAGUUUCUCUCAUCUUGCCUAUUGACUUUGAUAGAUUUGAGAAUGGGCAGAAGAAGGAAAAGUCAGCUCUCACGAUUCUAGAUGAACUAUCAAGACAGACUCCUGGUAGGGUUACGGUCCAGUCUUUACCAAAGAACCAAUUCCUUGAAUGUUGGAAUCUAACUUUUUAUAUUGUCAUUAUUAUUGUCAUUGUGACUGUUUUAAGACGAUUCUUUGUCUUUUCUGUUUGAUUUCCCUCAAACCGCUUUCAGGAGCUAGCAGGAAAUAACACUCAAACCUUAGGACUUCAGAAGAUUUUGCUUCCCUUAAUUCACAUGGAUGUAUUAAAUUUAUAACUUUAGCAUCCCCUAUAGAUUCCUUACAAAUACUGUUAUUCUUGGAGUAGAAUCCUAGGUAAGAGUUAGUGGGUUUCUAGUUUUAGGAGAAGAGCUCAAAAAUGUAACCUUGAGGGGCUUCCCUGGUGGCCAGUGGUUGGGAGUCCGCCUGACGAUGCAGGGGACACGGGUUCGUGCCCCGGUCCGGGAGGAUCCCACAUGCCGCGGAGCGGCUGGGCCCGUGAGCCAUGGCCGCUGCGCCUGCGCGUCCGGAGCCCGUGCUCCGCAA